AAAAUUGUUCAUUUACCUUUUGAAAAAAGUCAGAAAAGUAAUUUCUUUUAGUUUCAAAAAAAUAUAUUUUCAAUAAAAAUAUUAGAAUUUUUUUUUUAAAUUUUGGCUUUAAAAAAAUAUACAUAUUGCUAAAGAAAGAAAAAAUGAUGCGUCAAAGACAACGUAAAACAAUUGAAGAACUCUAUGGCGGCAAAUUUGAUGCACCUAAAUCUAUAGUGACCACGGCCACACAGCCAAAUAAUGCUCAAAAGACAGGACGUGUUACAGAGCGCGAUUGUGGUUAUAUAAUCAGCUCUAAUACACAUUACAAUGGACCACCACCCACUCCAACCUUAGGAGGUAACACCGCUGCCAUAAAAUCUCUAAAUUCUGGAAAAGAAACAUUUAGACGGAAAAGUGCCAGACACUCCAAUAAGCUAACCAAUGAAAAACAUUGUGUUAAAGACAUCAUUCUAAUGGAUGAAGGAAAAGUUGGAUCCCCCAUGCAAACAAUGAAAGGUGAAAAAGUAACAUUUAUUUCACCUGUGAAUACUAAUAUAUAUGACAACAAAACUUAUUGCAACUACAAAGAGGUACCAGCUACCGCAGACAAUGUGCCACAACAUCAUCAACAUCACCAUCAUCAGCAUCACAAUCAUCAUCAUAAUGUUCAUGAUGAGGAUAAAGAUGACGACACUGAUGAAUUCUUUGAGCUGAUACGACGAACAGUUGAAAGUGCUAUUGGGAAGUCUAUAUCUGAACUAUUAAACCGAAAUUUUAAAGAAUUGUGCUCUAAGGUAGAACGUUUUUCAGCCGAACUUAAGAAUACUAAUGCAUUGUUAAGUCAAAUGCAAAAUGAACUGAGUAAUAAAAUCAUUCACUAUGGCGAAGAAAAUUCUCGUCAUUUCCGCUAUCUCUGCAUGAAAUCCGAAUAUGAUAAAAUGUUCUAUCAACAUCAAACAAUGAUUUCAGCUGCCACUACAACAACAACUGCCCCGAAAAUAACCGAAAAUAAAAAGCCAGAAAAACGUAAAAGUGCACCGAAAUUAAGCAGCAGCACUCCCAAAAUGCAACGUAAUGAAAGUGAAUCCAAGGCAACAACCUCUUGUCCAUGUAGCAGUAGGAAAUGCAAAAAGAGUCCAUCACGUGAAAUGAAAGACCCAAAUAAAACAUCAUCUGAAGAUAUUUCACGAAAAUCCUCUGAAGUAGGCAUGCGUGAAGUGCUCGAACAUAUACAGAAAUUCUGCACACAAAUGCAAUUUAAUGAUUUCAAAUGUGAACAGAGCAGUGAGGGAGGGAUGAGUCAAAAUCGAAAUAUUAUGCGGCCGGAUGAGUUAAUUGAAAUCAAUAAAGAUAUUUUUGUUGAUGAUGAAGCUGAUGAAGAGGAAGAUGAAUGGGAAAUAAGUUCAGAUGGUAUGACACCAAGAAAUAGAGAAAAUGAUACGCAUAAAUAUGGUAGCACCACUGCCAGAGGUUCUGUCACUCAACGAGGCAAUAAUGGAGCUGGUGAUGGCUAAAGCAAGGGACUCUUAGGAGAUGAAUUUGUUUCACAAAAUGUAUAUAAUUGUAUAUUUUACAUGAUUCUUAUAUAUUUUGUAAUAGUUUUAUUGGAACAUUUUGAAUAAAUAUGUAGAUUUCA